AGUUAUCGAUGAUAUCAAAAGCGCCGAGUUGACUUAGCGAAUCCGAACUCGAGGUACCAACAUUCGGGUACCUCACCAUCCGAUGUCAGAUGAAAUUGGUACCAAGGCAGACAACGCCAAUGACGGUGAUAAAGUAACUAAUGAACAAAGAAACGAUACCGAAACUAAGGAACCAAAAGAGAGUAAACAGAGAUCUGUUUCUUUUAAUAGAGACGUGCACGUUAAAAGAUUUGGUAAACCCCGUGAGCGGGUUGCCUCAUCAGAACAUCAAUCACCGUCUAUUCGAAAAGAACCAUUCACUCAUCUCUCUGAAAAAGAACUUAUAGAAGAAGCUAAUAGAGUACUCGCUCAAGCUAAAAGCGUUACAUGCACUACUGAUCAAUCACCAGAAAAAUUCUUCUCUCUACCAUACAGAAGGAAAUUUAAGGAAGAAAGAUCUGGCAGAAGGAAUAGUGACGACGCAGGAUCACCAGAGGGUACAGUCAAAUCACCUCUUGGUAGAUCAACAAGUGAUGUAACAGCAAAGAAAAGAAAAGAACGAACCUCACUUUCCACUCUCUUUAGAAGAGCACAAAGAAAUAAAAGCCCAGAUGCACCAGUUGUUGUUACUACGAAGCCAGUGGUUGUAGUAAAACGUAGCAAAAGCGACGUAUCUGAUUUAAAAUCGAACACGACUUUGAAUAGUCAGAACAAACCUAUUCGGAAAAGGUCUGGCAGCGAAACUGAAGAAUUCCUCAAAUCUCUAAGAAAUAAAAAGACACAACUGUCACCCAUUAUUGAAAGUUCACCGAGAGAAGACUAUUUCAAAAAGACACCGCCUUUAGAGGUUUUUCAAAAAGAAAAAUUAAAACAAAAGAACUCCAGUAAAUCUGAAGAUCAUAAAAAUAUAACCACAGAUAUUAAAAAAGUUAACCCUGUAGAAAAACCGCCAAGGUAUAAAACUCCUGAAAAACCAGAUUUAAAAUCGUCAUCUAAAUUAAAAAAGGGAAAAUCGAUUGAAAAAAGUACUUCUCCUAUUAUAACAGACACACCGAAACGUAAAACUGAAAUUAAAAAGACCACAUUAUUUGACGAAGUUGAUUCAUCGAAAAAGCAGGAUAUCAAUCAGAAAGAAACAAAAGAGCAAACUAAUAAAAUCACUUCGACACAAAACAUUGAUGUGACCGUCAAUGGUGAGAAGGAAAUGAAACAUAGUAGUCAACAACCACCGGAAAAACCACCACUAACACGAGGUCAAACUGUCGAUCAACUUGUAAAGAUUUUAAAGGAGGAUCAGGAUUCUCCACCACCGAAAGCACACUUGAUAGCACCGGUUAACGGAAGCAAUAUAAACCAACCAUUUUCCUAUACUAAGCCCAGUGCAAGUCCUGACCCUAAUCUAUUUGUAAGAACUACAAGUCCCGACAGAGUACCAACUCCCGUUAACACAGCGGAAAAAAGUAUAGUCUAUGCACAAGUUGUAAAAGACACAAAAGAAACGAUGCCAACCUUUGGUAAAGCAAAGGUAUACUCUCCUCGAGUGGAGAAACAUGGAAGUUACUCAGACGAGGACGAGGGCUUGGGUUACGAAGAAAGGUACAAAUAUUCAUUGGAUCGUAGCUACGACUAUAAAUACAAAAAUAAUGAUAAUGAUAAUAUAGUAACAUCCACACCCAGGUAUAGGGAAUAUAAAUUAACAAAUUUUGAAGAGCCCGAGCCAACUUAUGCUAAUGAAUAUCCCAGCAAAGAUGUACAAAAUAAUUUCGACAGUUAUAGAGGUAGAGGCGAUGGCAUGGACACUAAGCGAAAACAAACAGAACCCGAACUUACUAAAGUCGAUUUGGACUUCAACGAACUCAGUCACCGACGACAACUAUUAGAAUCACGUUUGAACGCUAGGCGGUUAGAUCGUGGAAAAGUGAACACAGACGAAACUUUUACUAAAUUCAUUAUGGAAAAUGAUCCCAUAUAUGAAGCGGAAAAGCGCAUGAAAGCGACAGAAAAAUAUGUAAACGAGACAGCCAGAUAUUACCGGCAUACAUUAGAGAGAGAUGGUUACGUAGAAAGCAAUGUUACUGAAGAUUUUAAUAAAUAUGAUUCAGAUAAGCAUAACAUUAAGUACAACACGGAAAGUAGAACUGUCCAAAAAUCUCACAAAGAUGUCGACCGACAUGUGUUUGACAGAAGUCCAGAACCAAAGUACAAAGAAGAGAGAAAAGUGUUCCCACCGGAGCCAGAAUAUGAACCACCCAGUCUUGAAUCAAACCCUCGUAAACCAAUACAUUCACCUGAUGAAUAUAUUGAGAAAAAGUAUCGAGCUAAGAAACAUUUCACUUCUAGUCAUGAUCUUUUACAAACUGGACAAAAAUACAAAGGUAAAGAGGAAUGGUUCGGUAAAAGGAAAGGACAUUAUGCGUCAAAUCCAGAAAUAGCUCAAGAGCGUGAUGACGAUUAUGCAAAUCUUCGAUACAAUGGAAAAAAUAGUGAUUCAUAUCACAACUCUUUACGUCGCGUUAAAAACAAAGACAAACAAUAUAAAGAGGACUUCGGAAUACGUCGUCAUGAUUCCGGAGAUAGCCGAGACUAUUAUAGAGAAGAACGAUCACCGCGUAGAUUCGACUUUGAUAAUCGAUUAGUAGAUUCAGGUAUCGAAAACGACUUCCGAAAAGAUUCCAGCGGAGAAAUACAUAGAAGGCACAGGAGACACGAAAGUGAUGAAGAUGUUCACAACACAUCAUUGUUCUUGGCAAGUGAAAGACGACAUACCGAGGAUAAUUAUCCAAGUGAGCAGAUUUAUGCUAAUGGAGAAUAUUUGGCUUCUUUCAAAGAAUAUAAACCAGAUAGAAAAGAAUAUGUGUCUAGAGAACGCAGCGGUGACGAUGGAUCCAAUUUUGAAUCGAAACAUAGAUAUGAGAAAAGCCCCAGUAGACACGGCGAAAAAGUCAGUGCGAAACCACCUAAAGCUACAAAGAAGCUUUCUGGACUUGAAAAAGUUAAGCAACUGUUCUCUCGCGACUCUUCAAAGAAGAGCAAGAAAGAGAAAGACGUAGUCCAGCCAAAGAGCCGCACUCGGGUACUCAAGAGCCCUGAACAUCUUGCCAGAGACGAUUCCGAGUAUAGAAGGUACACUGACCCUGAACCGAGUGAUAUAGAUGUAAGGAAGCGGGACUAUGAACCUAAAGAAAUAGAAAGAAGAUACAAAAACUCUAGAGAAGAUCUAGAUAAAUAUACUAGAAGUGAACCUCGAGAGAAUAAUGAUAAAAAGUACAGAAACACAGAGUAUGAAGGAAGGUAUGACAGAACACUAAAAGGAGACAGAAGAUAUAAGAAUCACGAAGAAGAAAAGAGACGGUAUAACUCGUCAGACAGGGAGAGUGAUCGCCAAUCAAGACCGUCUGAUAUUGAGACUGACAGAAGAAAAACUAGAUCAAGAACUGCUGGACCACUUGAUUCUCCUGCUUUGGCUGAAAGAUACCGCGAGAGACGUCGCUUAGCAACCCCGAGUCCUACACCAUCCCCUCCCCGGCGUCCUCCCGCGCCACAACCCGCUAGUGGCAGCUGGUUCAAGUCUCUAGAUAGGAUUGGCAAGAAGAGAGAAAAGAGUGUGAAUAAUAGAAUUGAGAAAGACAGCAUCAUAACAACAGAAGAUGAAUCAUCACGUCGCGUGUGGUCCAAACCGAGCAAACCUUUAAACUCCCCAGCGAAAAACCUCCGCUUCUUCGGCGACACGGAUCAAGAAUCCGAAACCAACAAACACACAGUCACAAAAACAAGAAGUCAUCCGCAAUCGAAAAACCAUACAACACUAAGAAAGACAAUCUCCAAUUCCAGUACUGGGUUAGACGAAGUCGAUUGUGAACUAUCGAAUAAAAGCUAUUCGAUGUCGAAUUUACACAGAGGCGAAGUGAACGAAUCUCGCAAACACUAUAAAAGAAAUCUUCAGAACAUAUCAGAGAUACAAAGUAAUUCGGAAACUGAGAGUCAGUUCGAUAGAAAGAGGAACGGAAAGCCUCCAAUACCAGCUCCCAGUCCUUACGAUAGAUCUAGAAGUCACAGCAGUACAAAAACUUUGAAAGCCAGUAAGAAUGAUAUUAAAAGGCACGCGAGAGAAGAUAGAGGAAGUUCUGAAUUAAGAAGCAGUAAACAUGAUAUAAGCAGAGAUGUCAAAUCUCGUCGACGAACGCCGUUAACCAACUCAGGUGAGAGCAGCACAGAAGGAGAGUCCAGUCAUCAAAGUCAACACAGCGUUGUUUAUUUGCACGCAACUACUGUUGGAGAUAUCCCAGACCCUGGUCGUUUAACACGCAAUCGAUCCAGAGACGAUGUGUCAUCCGUUAUGUCAUCCAACAUACAAGUACGCAGCACAACUAAAAGCUUCUCAUUAUUCGCACCAUGGACACCAAAACACUACGAACAGGAUGUACACUACGAACAAAGACCCAAAAAGACCAAACAGAACUAUAAAAAGACAAAAGAUGAACCAUCCUUACAAAAGAACAGAUCGUAUAGUCAAACGACAUUAAACAAAAGACCACAGAGUCAAAAUAGAUUAACAAGCUCCAGUACUACAUUAUAUAGAAAUAAAAGAAACGGAAAAGAGAACAGCGAAAGUACACGUAAAGGACAGAAAAGUCAAUCAAAUGAAAUGUUGAAUAGAGAUGAAAGAGUCUCCCGUUCGAUAUCAAUGCCUAAAGAUCAAAAUAAAAAAGCUGGCUGGUUUAAAUUAUCUAAUAAAAAUAAAAAACCAGAAAUCAAUACGCGUGUACGUUAAUAAAACGAUUCUGGCACUAAAGAAAAUACAAUAAAGGCCUGUCACACCACUGGCUGAUAGAGGCUCAGAUAGCUUAAAAACGUCACUGUAGGGAAC